AUGCUUAUCAUCUUUGCCUCUGGCCAGGAGCAGAGCUUCACCCUGCUGCUCCACCGGUCCCUGCAGUUCCCCGCUGGGAGCCAACACCAACACCACACUGCUGGAGGAAUUGGCCUGGGCUUUGCACUGCAAUCCUGUCACCUGACAGCCAGAGAAAUAAAAUACUUCACCUUUCCCGGAGAGCUGUUGUUACAGAUGUUACAGAUGCUGGUGCUUCCUCUCAUCACCUCCAGUCUGAUUACAGGUGUGUCAUCUGUGAAGGGGAAGACUUCUAUGAAAAUGGGUCUCCAGGCCAUUUGCUACUACAUAAUAACAACCGUUAUGGCUGUGUUCACUGGCAUCGUCCUUGUUACUCUCAUCAAACCAGGGAAAUCACCUGUGAGUGCCUCAGCGUCCUCUGGUGGUAAAGUGGAAGCUGUGCAUACUGUGGAUGCCUUUCUGGAUCUGAUCAGAAAUAUGUUUCCCUCAAAUUUGGUGGUUGCUUUUUUCAGCAAGUACAAAACUGUUUAUCCCAAAAGCCUUGGUGUCGUCAAUCUGACCCAAACAAGUAGGUUAAAUGACACAGUGCCGAUGCCAGGCACCUCAGAAGGAGUCAAUAUUUUGGGAUUAGUGGUCUUCUGCAUCGCCUUUGGCCUCAUCCUGGGCAGUAUGGGGAAUGAGGGAAAACCUCUGAUGGACUUUUUUGACUGCCUGAACAAAGCCACUAUGCAUCUGAUCAGCAUCGUCAUCUGGUAUUCCCCAGUGGGAAUCCUCUUCCUGGUUGGAGGACAGAUUUUGAAUCUGAAAGACAUCAGAGUUGUAGGUCUCCAGCUUACCAUGUAUACUCUCACUGUGGUCACUGGCCUGGUAAUCCACAGCCUCCUCACCCUUCCCCUCAUCUAUUUCGUGGUCACACAUAAGAAUCCCUUCAGGUUUAUGUUUGGUCUGCUCGAGCCUCUCGCCACUGCCUUUGGGACGUCGUCAAGUGCUGUGACUCUACCAAUCAGUAUCCGCUGUUUGGAGAAGAAUCUCAACAUGGACAAACGGGUGACACGCUUCAUGCUGCCUGUGGCGGCCACAGUGACCAUGGAGGGCACGGCACUUUAUGAGGCAGUUGCUGCCAUAUUCAUCGCUCAAGUUCACAAUAUGGAGCUUGAUUUGGGUAAAAUCAUCAUCGUCAGUAUCACUGCCACAGUUGCAGCUGUUGGGGCCACAGGUAUCCCCCAGGGCGGCAUGGUAUCCAUGGCGAUAGUGUUGACAUCAAUUGGACUGCCGCUUGAAGGCCUUUCAUUUAUCAUUGCUAUUGACUGGAUGCUGUAA